AGUAUGCAAUUUCACGUAUAACAAGAUGACGCGUGCGCUUUGCUUGCGUUGGGUAAUUUCAGUGAUUUGUGAUAUCCAGUGUAUUCAGAUUCAGUGGAAGGUCGCCAGAAAGUUGUCUUUGCAGACAAAAAUUGUCAUAUAAAUCGUAAAAAGUGACUACAGAUUUUCACACUUGGAUUUGUAGUGUGUUCCCGUACACGUAGGAAGUAUAGACUCAAUUCUUUGAGCAUUCCUUGAAAUUGUCGCUCUCAUCAAUUUAGAAAAAUUUGUUAUGCUUUAAUGGGUUUCGUGACAGCGUCGAAACCAUUGUCAAUUUUAUUGAUGCAAACUCUUCCAUCGAUCAGUCAUCACAUUUGGACGGAGAAUUUGGUUAAAGGGCUGCUUCGUGAAGGCCAUCAUGUACAUGUAGUGAGCACAAUUGAAAUUAAAAUUGAGGGUAAACUCGUGCAAAACUUAACGAAUGCCAUUUUCGAAAAUGCGAUGACUUUUGAGGACGCAAAUUACGGUCCCGAUCAGUGGGAAAAGCUCAUGGAAUUUUAUAUGGCGCAUGUUACAUAUCAAUUUGCUAUCUCAUACUGUGAUAUAUUAAUAAAAACUAAUGCAGCAAAACAACUAUUAGAAAUGAUCAAAACUAUCAAAUUUGACGUCAUAGUAGCGGACAUUUCUCUACAUCAAUGUUUCUAUGGAUUGUGGGAGGUUGCUAAGGAUCAACCACCCGUAGUGGCCGUUUUGCCGUUAGGCAAUAUACCAUUGAUCAAGAAUUUUAUUGGUGUUUCAAGUUAUUCGACUGUUCGACCUUAUACGAGUGCAACCUUUGCAAAACCCGUAGGAUUGUGGCUGAGAACGUGGAAUACUUUAUAUUACAUUGUGGACGAUCUCAUACGCUAUUAUUAUUUCUUGCCUACCGUUCAACGGCUCGCCGAGGAAUAUGUUGGCCACACAAUCAGGCCAUUAUAUGAAAUAGAAAAAGACAAAGUUAAUAUCAUAUUAGUACUAUUAGUCAAUAGUCAUCCUGCAUUUGAGUCUGCGAUUCCAUUACCGCCGAACGUCUUGGAGGUUGGAGGAUUGCAUGCUCAAAUCGUGCAACCGAUUGCCGGUGAUGUAAUCGUAACGUAUUCCGAGGUAAGAGAAAUUGUUUUUUUUUUAUUUGACAAGUAGUCAAAAUGAUAAUAAUAAUUAUUGGUAAAAAAACUGAAUGUAUUAAAAAAAUUAAAAUUUAACAAAAUUGUUAAUAAAAUUAAUAAAAUAUCAUUCAAAGAAUUCACUAUAACAAGAGAAAACAUAUAUAUAUAUAUUCAUGUAUGUCUUUU